AUGACUGAAACUAUAGGACUCAAGCGCAAGGCAUCGCAAGAUGACUUGAAGUCUCUUGCUGAAGGAGAGUCUAACAAGUCAAUCAAAACUGUGGAAUCCAUCAACAGCGACUUACAUUCCUCAGAAGACACUCGUAACAAAGGCAUGCUGCGUGUCAAGCCUGAAUACAGACUUUUAUCCAGCUCUAAAGACACUCAGAACAGCAAUUACGACGAUGAUGGUGCAGAAGCUGCUGGUGUUGCUCAUACCUCUGGAUCUUCAAAGCACAAAAAUCGUGGACAGAACAAACCCAAAGACCGUAAGCAAAUCGUUCAACAUGAUAGUAUUCGUCUUUGCAAUAAAUUUGCUACAGGCGAACAAUGCAAUCUUGGAUCCAACUGCAAGUAUUCUCAUGACAUUCAGGCAUAUCUUGCUGAAAAAGAGCUGGAUCUUGGUCCUGUUUGUCCUCAAUUCGCAUUACUGGGUGAAUGCAAGUUUGGUAUCAAGUGUCGGUUUUCCAAGGCGCAUACUGAUGCAGAGGGAAAUCAGAUGGUUGCAGAAAAGAAAUUGAAUGAAGACCAGUUCAUCAAGAACUGCUCUACCAAAAGCAUAAUUCAAGAUAUUAAGCAAAAAAAUAUAGAUUGCACUCGCUCAAAAGAGUUUAUUCAAUGGUGGUCUGCAGAGGAGAUUAAGCUGCAGCAGCGACUUAAUGAAUUAAAGAAACGCAAGGAGGAACCUCGUGCGGGAGCAGAAGCAACUUUAAUUCCAUUGCGACCCAACGAAAAAAAAAAGAUUGAUUUUCGUGGCAAAUCGUAUCUCGCUCCAUUGACUACUGUAGGCAAUAUUCCCUUUCGUCGUGUAUGUAAAUCAUAUGGCGUUGACAUCACUUGCAGUGAAAUGGCCAUUGCACGACAAUUGCUGCGUGGAAGUCCACAAGAAUGGGCUCUUACUCGGCGACAUGCUAGUGAAGAUAUGUUUGGUAUUCAGUUGGCAUCCAACGAUCCAACACAGUUUACACAAACCGUCGAGAUACUGUCGCAAAAAGUAGAUUGUGACUUUAUUGAUCUCAACAUGGGCUGUCCGAUUGAUACCAUGACCAAAAGCGGCAAUGGCAGUGCAUUACUCGAACGGAAAAACAAAGUGCGUGGUAUGCUACUUGGAGCUGUCCAUGUUUCUUCUGUGCCCAUCACCAUCAAGAUGCGGAUAGGUUUAUCCAACAAAAAAAAGAUUGGCCAUAAAAUCAUCCCGCUUGCAAGAGAUUGUGGGGUUGCGGCUAUUACGGUUCAUGGACGGAGUAAAGAACAGCGGUAUACUAAACUUUCUGAUUGGGAUUACACGAUGGAAUGUGCUAAAAUGACCAAGAUGACAUGGCAUUCUCCUGAUGCUUCGACCGUCACACCAGAUUGGGUUACUGAACCACCUGCCUUUUUCGGUAAUGGAGAUGUGUUUUCUCCCCAAGAGUACUGGGAUCAUGUAGAUCAUUCGACCGACUCGGAGUUGCCAUUGGCAGGAAUUAUGGUGGGUCGUGGUGCUCUAUCCAAACCAUGGAUAUUCAAGGAAAUCAAAGAACGUAAACUAUGGGAUAUUUCUUCAGGUGAGCGUUUGGAUAUGCUCAAAGACUUUACCAAGUUUGGUUUGGAGUGUUGGGGAUCGGACACUAUGGGUGUCAACACAACUCGCAAGUUUAUGUGCGAGUGGUUAUCGUUCUUGUACCGAUAUGUGCCUGUAGGUAUCCUUGAAGUCCUACCUCAGCGUGUCAAUGAGCGACCAGAACAGUUUGUUGGGAGAAAUGAUCUUGAAACGCUGAUGGCAAGCGACAAUUCCAAAGAUUGGAUCAAGAUUACUGAAAUGCUAUUGGGUCCUGCUCCAGAGUCUUUCCAGUUUAUCCCAAAGUAA